AUGGAAUCGACAGGAGAUAUGAUUGAAGCACGUGAAGCAGGCAUAGAUACUGGAUUCGAAACAGAUGAAAAGGAAGAGGAAUUUAUUGCUCUAGAAAACGAAAAAUAUGCUGAUUCAGCUAUUUCAAAUUUAAAUCUUGAAAGCCACUGCAGUAUGCGACCGCAAGUCGAGAAUGACUCUUUUAAACGAUUUGAGAUGCUGUUGAAAAAAACCGAAAAUUUUUCUCAUUGUUUGAGUGCAGGAGAUGUUGAAAGCAGUGAAGGUUCUUCAUCAGGCAGUCCUGGAUUAAAAGGACGACCUAGAAAUCAGUCAGAAGGCGAUCAUCGGCAUCGUAAAACUGAAAAGGAAGAAGAUGAAGAGUUGAUAAAUCAGGUCAAGAAAAGUGACACGCUAGUUCGAUUCGAGAAAACGCCCUUUUAUAUUGAAAAUGGUGAGAUGCGUGAUUAUCAAAUACGUGGUCUGAAUUGGCUCAUUUCUUUGCAGCACAAUGGUAUUAAUGGGAUUCUUGCUGACGAAAUGGGGCUGGGCAAAACACUGCAGACGGUAUCAGUAAUAGGUUUCAUGAAACAUUACAAAAAUACAUCUGAGCCUCAUUUGGUGAUCGCUCCGAAAUCGACUCUUCAAAAUUGGUUAAAUGAAUUCAAUAAAUGGUGUCCUUCUCUAAAAGUCAUUGUUCUUAUCGGUAUUGCCGACGUACGGGCAGAGUUGAUACGGAAUGAAAUUUUGCCUGGUAAGUGGGAUGUUUUGGUUACAUCUUAUGAGAUGGUCUUAAAAGAAAAGUCACUAUUGAGAAAAUAUUUCUGGCAAUAUCUUAUUAUUGAUGAAGCACAUCGCAUCAAGAAUGAACAUUCUAAGUUAUCGGAAAUAGUACGGGAAUUUAAAUCGAAGCACCGUUUACUUAUUACUGGCACACCGUUGCAAAAUAAUUUGCAUGAGCUUUGGGCUCUGCUUAAUUUCUUAUUACCAGAUAUGUUUGCACUGGCAUCUGAUUUUGAUUCUUGGUUUACCACGACUGGUAUGAUGGGCAAUCAAGAUCUCGUUUCACGUUUGCAUAAAGUCUUGCGACCAUUUUUAUUGCGUCGUUUAAAGUCCGAUGUUGAAAAAACUCUUCUCCCAAAGAAAGAAGUCAAAGUUUAUGUAGGAUUAUCGAAAAUGCAGAGGGAAUGGUACACGAAAAUCUUGAUGAAGGACAUUGAUGUAGUUAAUGGUGCUGGAAAACUUGAAAAAGCACGAAUAAUGAACAUAUUAAUGCACUUACGAAAAUGCUGUAAUCAUCCCUAUUUAUUCGAUGGAGCUGAACCAGGCCCACCAUAUACUACGGACCAGCAUCUUGUCGAUAAUUCAGGGAAAAUGGUGCUUUUGGAUAAAUUGUUGGUGAAGCUCAAAGAGCAAGGGUCUCGUGUGUUAAUAUUUUCAUCAAUGUCUCGGAUGUUAGAUUUGUUAGAAGAUUUUUGCUGGUGGCGUAGCUAUCGUUAUUGCCGUCUAGAUGGGCAGACCGUCCACGAUGAGCGUCAAAAAUCUAUUGAUGAGUUCAAUAAGCCAGAUUCUGAAAAAUUUAUUUUUAUGCUUACAACACGUGCAGGUGGUCUUGGCAUCAACCUCACUGCUGCAGACGUUGUUAUCAUUUAUGACAGUGAUUGGAAUCCGCAAGUUGACUUGCAAGCUAUGGACCGUGCACAUCGUAUUGGACAGAAAAAACAAGUUCGUGUGUUUCGAUUUAUAACAGAUAACACUGUGGAUGAAAGAAUUAUCGAGAGGGCGGAGAUGAAGCUUCGACUUGAUUCUAUUGUCAUACAACAGGGGCGUUUGACCGAUUCUCAAAAAGCAUUGGGUAAAGAAGAUAUGUUGGAUAUGAUCAGGCAUGGAGCUGAUCAAGUUUUCGCUUCAAAAGAUAGCACGAUUACAGAUGAAGAUAUUGACACCAUAUUAGAGAAAGCAGAACAAAAAACUGAGGCGCUAAAUAAAAAGAUUGCUUCAAUGGGUGAAUCGUCGCUCCGAAAUUUCACUUUGGACGCUCCAGCUUUUGAUGUCGAUAGCAAUUAUACUAUAUACAAAUUUGAAGGAGAAGAUUAUCGGGAAAAACAGAAGAAUGUUGGAGGCAUUGGAUAUUGGAUUGAACCACCGAAGCGAGAGAGGAAAGCUAAUUAUCAAGUUGACGCGUAUUUCAGAGAGGCAAUGCGUGGGGGACACACAGAGCCGAAAGCACCAAAAGCACCUAAACCACCGAAACAACCUAAUGUUCAAGAUUUCCAGUUUUAUCCAAAACGAUUGUUCGAACUUCUCGAAAAAGAAGUUUACCUUCAUAGGAAAACAAUUGGGUAUAAAGCUCAAAAGCAGCCUGAUCUUUCACCGAAAGAAGCAGAAAAGAAGCAGAAGGAGGAGCAAAAAAAAAUUGACAAUGCUGCACCAUUAACAGAAGCAGAACAAGAUGAGAAAAAUCAGUUACUGAAACAAGGCCAAAAUAAGUGGAGUCGCCGGGAAUUUCAGCAGUUUAUAAAGGCGAAUGAGAAGUAUGGUAGAUAUGAUCUGGAAAAUAUAGCAAAAGAAAUUGACACGAAGUCAAAAUCUGAGGUAAAAUAUUAUGCGAAACUGUUUUGGGAACGUCUGGAAGAACUGUCUGAUCAUGAGAGAAUCUUGGCAACAAUUGAGAAGGGCGAAGCUCGAAUACAGCGGCGACAAAGUAUCAAAAAAGCACUAGAUGAAAAAAUAGCUAAAUACAAGGCUCCAUUUCACCAGCUUAGAAUUCAAUAUGGGACAAAUAAAGGCAAAAACUACACAGAAGAAGAAGAUCGGUUCAUGGUUUGCCAGUUGCAUAAACUGGGUUUUCACAAAGACAAUGUUUAUGAAGAACUGAGGCAAGCUGUUCGCUCAGCACCACAAUUCAGAUUUGAUUGGUUUGUCAAAUCUCGUACAUCAACGGAACUACAACGACGUUGCAAUACUUUGAUCUCAUUGAUUGAAAAAGAAAUGAGUGAAGUAGAAGUGAAACGAAAACAUGGUCAGAAAUCAUCAGUGAAUACUUCAACGACUAAUAUCAAUGAUUCGAAAACUACUCCUACUAAACCUGCUCCUAAACGUAAAAGUGAGCCAUCGACAUCGAGAUCUGCUUCCAAGCGUCAGAAAUAA